GUCCCGCUGUUUGGGAGAGUCAGAAAGACGCAGGAGCGGGCAAUGGCUGCUGCUGUGGGGCAGGAGCUGCUUUGUGACUACGAAGAGUACGGAAAGGCUUUCUCUAACUAGCUAUUUAAGUCAGCUGUGGUUUAUUCCAGUAUAUCCGCUUCUCUAACAAAUAGAGUCAGGACACGUGCCGUUAUUAUAAGCACGAUCAUGUUUUCUUAGCAUAGUUUAUUGUAAUCAGUGGUCAUAAAUAUCUUCAGGAUUUAAUAAGGCGUAUAAAAACACAGUGUGGUACCAUAAGGCAGCGCUGUAAGGUGUGGAGCAAAGGUUUACAUAUUCGCUGGGAGGGCUGAUAACAUCCACUUCCCUGGGUCUGGUCCGUCAAGAUGCAUAGUGCGCUCAGACUCUCCGUCUCCCUCGGCUCCCUGGGGUUGCUGCGGCUUCUUGCGGCUCCUUGGUCCUGGAGCCUGGCAGCCAGCUUUGGCAUGUACCUUGGCACGGGGGGCUGGAGGUAUCUUUAUGUGGUGGCCCGCACUGCGAAGAGGGACCUCAAUGGCCUCUACGUGCUACUGCGGGUGAAGAUAGCACUUUAUCAGCACAUGAGCAAAAGGAACACCAUUCCCUCAAUAUUCGCCCAGACGGUUGUGCGGUGCCCAGACAAGCCAGCGCUGGUGUAUGAUGCCACGGGUGAGACCUGGACCUUCGCCCAGCUGGACCAGCUGUCAAAUGCUGUGGCCCACUGGGCAUUGCACCAGGGUUGGGUCUCGGGUGACGUGGUAGCCAUCUUCAUGGAGAGUCAACCCCUGCUUGUGGCCCUCUGGCUGGGCCUGGCCAAGGUGGGCGUGGAGGCUGCACUCAUCAACUUCAACCUACGCCGUGAUUCACUGAAACACUGUGUGGGCGUGUCUGGCGCCAGGGGCAUCGUGUUUGGGGCGGAGCUGGUUGAUGCUAUGCUGGAGGUAAGCAUGUCCUUUGGACAGUCCAUGGUUCGUUUCUGUGCAGGGGAGCUGGGUUCGGACACCAUGGCUUCCCUGCUGGCUGAGCCCCUGGAGCCCCUGCUGGCCUCUGCCCCCAGAACACCACCUCCCUGCACCAACAGCAAGAGCUUUAGUGAUAGACUGUUCUACAUCUACACAUCUGGCACCACUGGACUGCCCAAGGCCGCCAUCGUUGUGCACAGUCGGUAUUACCGCAUCGCUGCUUUUGGCUACUACGCUUUCCGGAUGCGCCCUGAUGAUAUCGUCUACGACUGCCUGCCCCUGUACCACUCGGCAGGAAACAUUAUGGGCGUGGGCCAGUGUCUCAUCCAUGGGCUCACAGUGGUCGUGAAGAAGAAGUUCUCUGCCAGCCGCUUUUGGGAGGACUGCAUUAAGUACAACUGCACAGUGGUGCAAUACAUCGGGGAGAUCUGCCGGUACCUGCUGGCACAGCCAGUGCGGCCCUGCGAGAAACAGCACAGUGUGCGCCUAGCAGUGGGCAAUGGGCUGCGGCCCAGCGUGUGGGAGGCCUUCACCACGCGCUUCUGUGUCCCCCACAUCGGCGAGUUCUACGGCGCUACUGAGUGCAACUGCAGCAUCGCCAACAUGGACGGCAAGGUAGGAGCAUGUGGAUUCAACAGCCGCAUCCUGCCCAAUGUGUACCCCAUCCGGCUGGUGAAGGUGGAUGAGGCCAGCAUGGAGCUGAUUCGGGACCAGCACGGCCUCUGCGUGCCCUGUCGCCCAGGUGAGCCAGGGCUGUUGGUGGGCAGGAUCUGCCAGGAGGACCCCCUACGGCGCUUCGACGGCUACGCCAGUCAGGAGGCCACCAAGAAGAAGAUCGCACACAACGUCUUUCAGAAGGGCGACUCUGCCUACCUCUCGGGGGACGUCCUUGUCAUGGAUGAGCUGGGCUACAUGUACUUCCGUGACCGCAGCGGGGACACCUUCCGCUGGAAGGGCGAGAAUGUUUCCACCACGGAGGUGGAAGGCACCCUGAGCAGCCUGCUAGGCCAGGCGGAUGUGGCUGUCUAUGGGGUCAGUGUACCAGGUGAGCCCUCUUCUGGAAUAUUCUCACUCUUGCUCACACAUCAGCAGUCUGCCUGUGCCUUUGUGUCUUUUCCUGAGGUGCCCGCAUCCCCCUUACCUCUGCAGGCGUGGAGGGGAGGGCGGGCAUGGCAGCCAUCUCCGAUGGCUCAGGCCGCUUUGACUGUGAGACUUUCCUGCGAGAGGUGCAGAGGGCACUGCCUCCUUACGCCCGACCCGUCUUCCUGCGCAUCUCCACUCACAUGGACACUACAGGAACGUUCAAAAUCCAGAAGACGCGGCUGCAGAGGGAAGGAUUUGACCCACUGCAAUCCUCUGACCACAUCUACUUCCUGAACUCCCGUGCAGGGCGGUAUGAACCUAUGACCACCGAGCUGUACGGCUGCAUCACGGCGGGGGCGGUGCCUUUAUGAUGUGGGUCUCCCACCCAGUUGCUCACCAGCAGUCCUGGAAUCAUGGGAUUGAUUUGCAGAGUGGGGUAUGGAGUACUAGAGGAGCUUAGUACUAAUAGUACUGUUAGAGCGAUUAAUACAACCUUAAAGAUUAGCAGUGUUGUAAUUUCUAAUAUGAACGUGAUAGGGUAAGGAGGUCAACUGUGAUAGUCAGCGGUGGGGACAGUACACGGUGUCAGAGGGAGGUGUGUCCCAGAAUGGGACCUCUGCUACCGCAGAGGAGCAAAGCUGCUGUGGCCAGUCGGGCACACGCUCCACCUCUGCUGCAGGAUCACAUGACCUUUUUGUGUUUAAGGCAGUAUCUGCAGCCCAGCCUGCUGGGAAGGUCACCCCAGCACGCCAUGUGUUUUUGCUACUGGAGGUAUUUCCCUUUACACUCCCCCCCCCCCCCCCCCCCCCGGCUAGUCAAUUUAAUGCAUUGUCAUGGUGUUUGCAAACAAACACAUUUUGCCAAGCCGGUCAGGACUUUCUUUCACUUCAGAUUGCGAACCCCCCCCCCCCCCAAACUGUCACUCAAACUGCAGUGUCCCGGACAAAGGUUUUGAACUGUAACUCAUCAGGGUAAAAACAAAAUGAAAGUGCGAGCUGCUCCUGCAGCUGCCUGUCCUUGGGUCACUGUGGGUUACAGGCUGUUUGCCAUGUUUGGCGGCUCCCUGCAGUGCUGCGUGGUGCUCAGCUCCCACAGGUGGCAUCGUGACUCCCGGGACCCUGUGUUAUCUUCAGGAUUUCCUGCUCUAAACCGAUGGUUCUGUCAGGUGGUACCAUACCAAGCACCACACAUUGUAGAAAUUGGUGUCUCAUACUGAACCCAGUGCCUUUACUGAACCCAGUGCCCAGUCCGAGUAUAAUAGGUAACAUGACUGCAAAGAAUGGUUUUAAGUAAAUGUGCUGUACUGAUUUGUGGUUCUUGUGUGCACAGAUCCCUUGCUGAGAUCUGUUGCAGUGAUGUAAAACACACAGUUCUCUGUGGUGAUGAACGUUUGGAAUGUGUGAGUUUCUGGUUGAGAUUUUGCUGUUUGUAGAAAUAUGUUUUUUUGGUAGCAAUGCGUAGACAUGCCUGUAGUCACACAUUUAAAUGGAUAUGGAGUGAAUCUCGUUCUAUUAGUGAAUGUUAACAACCUGCUCUGUUUUGGGAGGUCGGGGGAUGGGCCCUGAUAGGUGGUGAAUUAUGGAAUUUGCCAAAAAAAAAAGUUUUCUUGCAAGGGUCAUUAAAAUCUAUUCUAUUAUUUAAUAGUAGGACCAUGUCUGAUCCUUAUCCACCCCGGGGUCAGUCCUCCUAUCCAUAUCCUGGCAUGGACACUGCGUCGCAGGCGCUGUCUGAUGGACACUGCAUCACUGCGUCGCAGGCGCUGUCUGAUGGACACUGCAGCUCAGGCGCUAUACCUGCCCUUUUGGUCCACGGGGGAGUUCAGCAGAGGCGACACUACAUCAGUAGAAUAAGGAACAAGAAGCAAAUGCAGGGAAUACUGCACUGAGGUUAUUUACAAAGGGGUGUUGAGGUGCCUGUACUAUAUGAACAGAACUUGAAACUCAGGGGAACAAAGGGGAAAUGAACCCGAGACUCAGGUAGGGAUGACAGGUGACGCCUAGGAGAAGAUUAACAAAACCAAACAGGAACAACAUUUUCUUGUGGUGGAGAAGAAAGGCAGCUACUGCAGAAAAAAGGAGCUUACAAGACUUACAGGUGCCGGUCAUAUAAUUAGAAUAUCUCCAAAAAGUUGAUUUAUUUCACUAAUUACAUUUAUAGAAGUGAAACUUGUAUAAUGUAUACAUUCAUUCCACACAGACUGACAUAUUUCCAGUGUUUAUUUCUUUUAAUUUUGAGGAUUAUAACUGACAACUAAUGAAAACCCCAAUUCAAUAUUUCAGAAAAUUAGAAUAUUGUGAAAAGGUUCAGUAUUGAAGACACCUGGUGCCACAGUCUAAUCAGCUAAUUAACUCAAAACACCUGCAAAGGCCUUUAAAUGGCCUCUCAGUCUAGUUCUGUCGGCUACACAAUCAUGGGGAAGACUGCUGAUUUGACAGUUGUCCAAAAGACGACCAUUGACACCUUGCACAAGGAGGGCAAGACACAAAAGGUCAUUGCAAAAGAGGCUGGCUGUUCACAGAGCUCUGUGUCCAAGCACAUUAAUAGAGAGGCGAAGGGAAGGAAAAGAUGUGGCAGAAAAAAAUGUACAAGCAAUAGGGAUGACCGCACCCUGGAGAGAAUCGUGAAACAAAAGCCAUUCAAAAAUGUGGGGGAGAUUCACAGAGUGGACUGCAGCUGGAGUCAGUGCUUCAAGAACCACUACGCACAGACGUAUGCAAGACAUGGGUCUCAGCUUUCGCAUUCCUUGUGUCAAGCCACUCUUGAACAACAGACAGCGUCAGAAGCGUCUCGCCUGGGCUAAAGACAAAAAGGACUGGACUGCUGCUGAGUGGUCCAAAGUUAUGUCCUCUGAUGAAAGUAAAUUUUGCAUUUCCUUUGGACAUCAGGGUCCCAGAGUCUGGAGGAAGAGAGGAGAGGCACAGAAUCCACGUUGCUUGAGGUCCAGUGUAAAGUUUCCACAGUCAGUGAUGGUUUGGGGUGCCAUGUCAUCUGCUGGUGUUGGUCCACUGUGUUUUCUGAGGUCUAAGGUCAACGCAGCUGUAUACCAGGACGUUUUAGAGAACUUCAUGCUUCCUGCUGCUGACUAACUUUAUGGAGAUGCAGAUUUCAUUUUCCAACAGGACUUGGCACCUGCACACAGUGUCAAAGCUACCAGUACCUGGUUUAAGGACCAUGGUAUCCCUGUUCUUGGCCAGCACACUCGCAUGACCUUAACCCCAUUGAAAAUCUAUGGGUUAUUGUGAAGAGGAAGAUGCGAUAUGCCAGACCCACAAUACAGAAGAGCUGAAGGCCACUAUCAGAGCAACCUGGGCUCUCAUAAGACCUGAGCAGUGCCACAGACUGAUCGACUCCAUGCGUGUGGAAUGAAUGUAUACAUUAUACAGGUUUCACCUCUUGAAUGGAAGUAGUGAAAUAAAUCAACUUUUUCAAGAUAUUCUAAUUAUAUGACCAGCACCUGUACUUUAGUUUUCCAAGGUAACACAUUUUCCAAAUUGAAAGUCAAGAAUGUCUUUGCUUGUUGUCCAAACAUCUUUUUCAAGGUAUAAAUAUGGUCAGACUAAGUAGAGGACUGUACAACAAUAUCAUGAAUAUAAGCUCUGCAGUUGGGAUAAUCUCCUACCACCAAAUUAACAAGUCUCUGACAAGUAGCAGAGGGCGGCAUGGUGGUGCAGUGGUUAGCACUGUUGCCUCACACCUCUGGGACCUGGGUUCGAGUCUCCACCUGGGUUACAUGUGUGCGGAAUUUGCAUGUUCUCCCCAUGUCGUCGUGGGGUUUCCUCCAGGUACUCCGGUUUCCCCCCACAGUCCAAGAACAUGCUGAGGCUAAUUGGAGUUACUAAAUUGCCCAUAGGAGUGCAUGUGUGAGUGACUGGUGUGUGAGUGUGCCCUGCGAUGGGCUGGCCCCCCAUCCUGGGUUGUUCCCUGCCUCGUGCCCACUGCUUCCAGGAUAGGCUCCGGACCCCCUGUGACCCAGUAGGAUAAGCGGUUUGGAAAAUGGAUGGAUGGUUGGAUGAAAAGUAGCAAGGGCAUUUCAUAAUGCAAAAGCCAUAACAAAGUAUUGUAUAAAGGCAUCAGGAGUUACAAAAGCCGACAUGUCUGAGCCUUGAGGAGUAAGAGAAAUUUGCCAAUACACAUUAAUCAUAUGCAACUCAGUGACUUGCAGUACUCAAUCUAAUCAAUACAAUCAUCCAUGCGUGACAAUGAUAAGCAUCAGAAACUGUCACAGCAUUUUCUCUGUAGUAGCCAGUACAAAAUCUGUUUCCUGGAAAUCUGUUUCCUGUACAUCAGCAUGUAUCCAGAACAGUAAUAUGAGAUAUUGGGGGUACACGUCCCCCUGGAUCCUACACCCCUGAGUGUCAGUCUUUAUGUAUCACAUGCUACAGCACAUGUAUCACCAUCUGCAUGAGGCCGCCAUGCCUCUGUAAAUCUGCAGCAUGUAUCCAGAACAGUAAUAUGAGAUAUUGGGGGUACACGUCCCCCUGGAUCCUACACCCCUGAGUGUCAGUCUUUAUGUAUCACAUGCUACAGCACAUGUAUCACCAUCUGCAUGUGGCCGCCAUGCCCCUGUACAUCUGCAGCAUGUAUCCAGAACAGUAAUAUGAGAUAUUGGGGGUACACGUCCCCCUGGAUCCUACACCCCUGAGUGUCAGUCUUUAUGUAUCACAUGCUACAGCACAUGUAUCACCAUCUGCAUGAGGCCGCCAUGCCUCUGUAUGAUCAGUGUGUGAACAUUUGAUUGUGUUUUCUCUGCCUCUUAUUUUUGCUGUGUUUAUUUUAUGUGACUUUGGCAUGUUUUCGGUUGUGUUUUCUCUGUUUUUUGCUUUCCUUUCUGUUGUUAUUUUGGAUUGUUUGGGAGUUUUUGAUGUUAAUUUUCAGGGUUUUCCCUUAAAACCCUGAUUUUGAUGAUGUAUUCGGCUGAAUGUGGAAUGUGAUCUCCUGAACCUGCAGGCCACUCACAGGAGCAGUGAAAAUAAUAAAAGACUUUGCCCACCUGAA